AUGAAUUUAUUAUUUAUUUUUAUAUCUUUAAUAAUAUUUUUUAUAAUUUAUUAUUAUUAUAAGUUUUUCAAUUAUGAUAAUCAUAAAUUAAAAUUAAAAGGUCCUUUUCCAUUACCAAUUUUAGGUAAUUUACAUCAAUUUGGAACCAAAUCGCCUCAAUUAAAAUUAACUGAAUAUUCUCAACAGUAUAAACAUAUAUUCAGAAUGUGGAUGGGUGAUAAAUAUUCAGUAAUUGUUAGUGAUCCUAAAUUAAUUAGAGAAAUGUUAAUCGAAAAUUUUUCAGCUUUUAAAGAUAGACCCUUCUCUGCAAAGUUAGCAUUUGGUAAUAACUAUCAUGGUACUACUACAGGAAACGGUGACUAUUGGGAUAGAAACAGAGAUAUCGUAUCAAGAGCAUUAAGAAAGUCAUCAAAUAAAACACUCUAUGACUUUUUAAACCAAAAAGUAUCAGAGUUUAUGACAAUGGUCGACAACAGAUUUAAAGAAUUCAAUACAUCUGGUGCAGAUGAAAAUGAAUAUAUAAUUUUAGAAAAACCAAGAUUCCUUAUUCAAAGAUACACAAUUUCUAUCAUGUACAAGUUUAUCUUCAAUGAAGAUAUCAAGUUUUCAAACGAAAAUGAAGAAGAUUCUAAAGAGUUAAAAUUCUUUUUUAGAACAAUUAAAGAAAUUUUCAAGGUAUUUUCAGCAUCAACUUUAAUUGACUUUAUCAGUGUAUUGCAGCCAUUAUAUUUUCAAUAUUUAAAAAAAACAGAUACUUUAUUCCCAAAGAUUUUCAGUUUUAUUAACAGCAAGUAUCAGCAACAUUUAAGUGAAAUGUCAUUCGAAGGAAAUGAAGUUAAAAGCAAGCCAAAGGAUUUAUUAGAAUCACUCAUCUAUGAGUAUGGCAAGGACAAACCAACCGAAAGCGAUGUACAAAGUAUCUUAACAACUUGCUUAGAUUUCUUUUUAGCUGGAACUGAAACAAGCUCUACCGCAAUCGAAUGGAUUUUAUUAAAUUUAAUCAAUCGUCCUGAAUACCAAAGUAAAAUUUAUAGCGAACUUAAAAAUCUCGAUAAACAAACCAUCAAAGUUCAAGAUAAAUUAGAAACACCAUUACUAGUUGCAUUCAUCAAAGAAACAUUAAGAAUUCACCCAGUAGCACCAUUUGGUUUACCACAUGAAUGCACUCGAAAUGUAGUUAUUGAUAAUAAGUAUUUUAUUCCAAUGGGUUCACAGCUGCUUAUAAAUUUCAAAGGAAUAGCAUACAAUGAAAACUGCUUUAAAUACUCAAAAAGCUUUUACCCCGAAAGAUUUAUUGAUUCAAAAAUUGAAAAUGAUUCAUUUUUAAUAUUUGGAAUUGGCCAAAGAAAUUGUGUUGGAAAUCAAAUUGCUUUAGAUGAAAUUUAUUUAUUAAUUUCAAAUUUAAUUUUAAAAUAUAGAUUCGAAUCUAUCGAUGGUAAAAAAAUUCAAGAAAUUGAAAAGUUAUCUUUGACAUUAUAUCCAAAAAAAUUUAAUAUUAAAAUUAUUAAAAGGUCAAAUUAA